AUGCAGAACCAGGAACCACAGAUUGGGCAUAUGCCUGUCUCGCAGCCGAAGAUGCCCGCCUCUUCCAGUCGCAUUCUUUACGACAUCCCUUGCAAAGUGUGCCGAGAUCAUUCUUCGGGGAAACACUAUGGUAUAUUUGCGUGUGACGGGUGUGCAGGAUUUUUCAAGAGAUCGAUAAGAAGGAAUCGUCAAUACGUUUGCAAAGCGAAAUCUGAAGGAGGAUGUAUGGUGGAUAAAACGCACCGGAAUCAAUGUCGAGCAUGUCGCUUGGCCAAAUGUAUUCAAGCUGGCAUGAACAAAGAUGCUGUGCAACACGAACGUGGCCCACGAAACUCGACUCUACGAAGGCAGAUGGCCUUGUAUUUUAAAGAACCCGAAAUGAUGGCCAACAUGGUGCCCCCACCAGCCGGAGCCUUGGAUCUAGCUUUGCCCAAACCAGAACCCCGAGUUUCUGUCGCAGCGCCAGCCCCUCACCAUCCCAUUCCACACCCUAUUUAUUGUAAUAGCAUGGCCAUGUCGAAGAUUCCGGUCAGUAUGGCGGGUCUACAAUCGGUGCCGUUGAUCCCAGCGAUAACAGCCGAGUCCAUCUGCGAGCAAGCUGCGAGAUUACUCUUCCUGAACGUCCACUGGGCAAGAGACCUGGCUGCUGGAACGAACCUAGCGAUGGAGGACCAACUAACCCUACUAGAAUCCUCCUGGAGAGAACUGUUCCUCUUAGCAGCCGCUCAAAUUCUACCGACACUAGAUCCAACCGCUCUUCUUCCUCCUGGUCACCAAGGAUUGGGCCUAGCCGUUGAAGUGAAUCGGUUCAAAGAGACCCUGGCUGGUUUCCACGCGAUGAACCUCGAUCAACACGAAUUCGCGUGUAUCCGAGCGAUCGUGCUCUUCAAGGCUGGUUUGGACAGCGAACCUCUUCCCAGCAGCAGAAGCAGCAAUGGUUCCGCGUCGCCCAGUACCGGAAGUAGGCUCAGAGAUGCGGCCGCAGUGGCGAGAUUGAGAGACGGAGCUCAAUUGGCUCUUGGACAGAGAUUAAGUGGUGCAUCCUUCGGAGCUCUCAGGUUUGGGAAAUUGUUGCUGUUGCUGCCGUCGCUUCGUUCAGUCUCCACCCACGCGAUCGAGGAACUAUUCUUCCGGAGAACCAUCGGAGUCAUCCCGAUUGAGAGGAUCAUUUGCGAUAUGUACAAGGCUGCUUGAACGGGUCAUUCGGAAUCAUGGUAAUUGGAAUUAAUCGAAAAGCUUUUGGAUUAAAAGAGUUUUAAAAUGGCUGAAUUUUUGUCUGAAGAAGAAUUUAUGAAGAUAGAAAAUUUGUUAAAUGAUGACCUGAGAUCAUCUGCUCUGAAUAUUACUCUUUUUUAGAGUUUUAUUACAAGGACCUGUAAUUCUCCAAAAUCUCAAGUUAUUAUGAGAUGUAUAUAUAAUUUGAGCACAAGUGGACAUUUUAGAAGAAAGGUUUAUUAGUAAGUUGGGAGAAAGAUUGUGGAAUAAUAUUGAAUAAUGAACUAACUUCAUUAAUUAUUGAAAUAGGCGCAGAAUACUCGUGGAAAUCAACUGUGAUGGGAACAUAUCACAAAAGAUAAAACAUUUAAAUGAAAAUGUUUUAUAAAUGAAUUAUUUUUGUAUUAUUAUAUUAUACUGAAACGAAAGUUCGUACAAGGUACGUCGAGAGCAAUAAUUCAGCAACUAUACGUGUAUCUUAGUGACAUUAUGUUUUAUUCGAGCGAAACAAUCAAGUUUAAUUCAAGAAAUUAUAGAUUUAGGGUAGUAAUGUUUAUAAAAUGUACUUUGUUUUAGUCGCGUUCGUUGCAAUAUGAAAUACUUCAAAACGUAAAAAAUUUAGGAGUAAUUAAGGAUUUUUAGUUAGACUAAACGAAAUGAACCAUGUGUAUAAAUGUAAAUUACGAUAAAUUUGUAUUAAUGUUAAACAGCAAUGAUUAUUUCAAAUGUACGA